AUGUCAUCCGCUAAGCCUGAAGUGUCUUUUAUCGGCCUCGGGGCCAUGGGCUUCGGUAUGGCAACCCAUCUCCUCAAGCAAGGAUACAAAGUGACAGGCUUCGACGUAUUUGGUCCGACUCUAGAGAGGUUCAAGGCAGCGGGAGGAGGCAUUGCGUCAAAGGCAGCUGAGGCCGCUCGGGGUAAGGACUACUGCGUAUGCAUGGUGGCUACUGCUCAGCAAGCGCAGGCUGUCCUGCUGGGUCGGGACACUCCAGCUGUGCCAGCCCUGCCAAAUGGCGCAACCCUGCUAUUGUGCUCAACAGUUCCGUGUGGUUACGUACAGCAGCUGCAGAAACAACUCUCAGACACAGGUCGUGGUGACAUCAACCUCAUCGACUGCCCAGUUUCUGGAGGUGCCUAUCGCGCAGCUGAAGGUACCCUAUCCAUAAUGGUCGGCGCAAGUGAUCAGGCAAUCGCGAAAGGGCGCUUUCUUCUGGAAGAGUUAUCCGAUCCGGAAAAGCUCUACAUCGUUAAGGGCGGCCUCGGUGCAGGGAGUAACAUAAAGAUGUGCCAUCAAGUCCUGGCGGCGAAUCAGAUUCUGGCAGCAAGUGAGGCAAUAGGGUUUGCGAUGCAUCUGGAUUUGAACCUGCAGGAAACCGGAAAUGCGGUCAUCCACUCAGAUGCUCGUAGCUGGAUGUUCGGUCACAGAUUGCCGCGCAUACUGCACCCGCAGUUCCAGCCGCUCGUCAGCGCCCUGACUAUCAUCACAAAAGACACGAGUAUUAUCACUUCUGAAGCCAGGCGCUAUUCAUUCCCCACACCCAUGACUAGUGCGGCAGAGCAGGCUUACUUUACUGGACUAGGCCGGGGAUAUGGUCCAGAUGAUGACAGUGGCAUGGUCAGGUUAUACACGGAAGGAAAGGAUAAAGUUGGCCCAGUCGAUGGCCUUGUCGAGAGUGAAGCCGAAAAGAACGCACUUGUUCAGGGUCUUCUGAGGGGCAUACAUCUGUGCUCAGCGGCGGAGACUCUGGCAUUCUCUCAUUACCUCAAUCUCGACCUCGAUCAGGUAUUAGAGUUGUGCGUAAACGCUGCCGGAGGAAGCGGUAUACUGGAAAGUAUUGGCCCGGAUAUCAUAAAGACGCUCAGGGAAGGGAGACCUCCGCAAUCCGCUGGCGCCUAUCGUCUUCAGCAAAUUGCCCAAGAGCUGCAAGAUGCUGUGGAUGAGGCUCAGAGGUUGAAAGCGCCCUUGAUUCUAGGAAGCCAGGCGCUGAAUCUGAUACGGAUAGUACAGCAACAUGCUCCUCAGGAGUUCAGGGAGCAUGCAGGAGCCGCCUCUGUUGUUAAGCAGUGGGCAAUCUGA